UGUGUGGCAUGACUGGCCUACCGAAGUGUUUUCCCCACUGAACUUCAGUGACAGCGUCCGCGGCGCAGAGAGCUUAAAAUUCGCGGAUCCUUACGCGGCGUCGUCGCUAUGUCGGACGCCCCGAACAAAGCCGCGACGCGACUGAUCAAGUGGCGCGACAGCGCCCGCCGCCAACUGUCUACCGCCUCGUGUUGCGAGGACCUCGCCAGCGCCUUGCAGUUCGUUCUUCGCAACGCGGGAAAAACCCUCAGGGCCGUGUUACGUUCGCCCGACGACGAUCGACUGUCCCGGGACUUGAACGACGUCCUAUGCCAUGUGUCGUCUCACCUUUACCUACGUUCGCGUACCUUGCUGGCCGGUCGGAUCGGCGACCGUUUCGACUACUGGGCACACCAGUGCGCCGUGCUCUCGUACCUGUUGGACCUGUCGCUCAUUCGCGACGAGCCCGGCACCCUCACCAAGAUAUGCUUCGUCCUGUCGAACAACAAGCACGCGGUUUGGGACGUGCUCGUCCAGACGUCGGCGGUCGCCUCGGCGACCGAUCCGCAGUCGAAGCUGGUGGACUUGUUUCGCCGGCUCGCGGCCUACUGCCCGCGCACGUGCACCAGCGCCGCGCUGUACUUCAAGUUCGUCGUGUGCGCCGCGUGCCUCGCGAGGCGGCUACCCGAACGUGGUUGGAAGACCGUCAAGCCGGUCGUCCUUUCCAUCGAGCCCGCGGAGUUCGACUUCGAGCAGUGGUUCUCUUCGCAGUCCGCGCUGGUCGCGCUGCUGCCUCGGUCCGAGGUGCCGACGUGUCGCCGAAAAGUGAUCGCGCGGCUCUGCAAGAGUGCGUCGGACCCUGCCGAGCUUCUGGAGGCCUGUCGGACCCUGGAGGAGUGUGGCGGCGGCAUCAGGACGACUUGCGAUGCCGCGGCGGCCUCCGAAGAGGACGUGUUCCUGAUCGCGGACGAGGAGGUUCAAGAGCCCGAACAGGACGCGAGGACUGCCGAGGUCGAGGAUGAGCAGCUGCAUGCAAUUCUGGAUGCAACGCUGAGCCGUCUGCAGUUGAACAUCGCCACACCCCGCAAGAGUGACGUCGAGUCCAACUCUGAGUUCAUCAGUGAGGUCAGCAACUCUCCACUGAACACGAGAGCAUUCUUGGACAGGCUUCUUUGCAACAGCACUGGUGAUACUGGUGAUGAAGUCUUGAAAAAUGCUGAAUCCCCUACGAAAAAACUCGGCAGCGGACGACAAGAAUUGAAUAAAGGGGCCAACAACAGUGCAGAAAACGAAGAUGCUGUGGCGACACGGCCAAAAGAUUAUGAACAUGCAAGUGGGGCUGAAGAAGUGUCAGAAGGUGAAGACAGAGCUGGAAAUUGUGCAGAUGAGACAACUGCAGCAUCACGUCGCCGAAAGAACCGCAAGAAGCGGAAGAGGGCUCGCAAAGCUCGGGCCUUGCGCAAACCGGGUGGAACUGGUGAAAUGAAUGACAAGCUGACUGCAUUAAAAACUCCAAAAGAAUCUGCUGCUUCUGAAGUUUCUCUGGACAAGGAAGUUCAGCAAAAGACUUGUGUAUCUUCUCGAGGAAAUGCACUUCACCAUCAUGCGCAUGGACAGCGUUCGAUUUCAGGUGCACAAAAUUCAGAUUCUUUGGCCAUGCUAAGUCGCAAUAGGCAUGGAAUGAAGGAAACGAAGCAAAGCGGUGUCAACAAACCUCAAGAAAAGUCAUGUAAGCACAUUGAUGCUAAAGUUGAUGAUGAAGCAAUGUUGAGCUCUAUAAAGGGGCCUUUAUGUCCUUCAAGUUCACAAGACGAGCCAGUAGGGAUUUCUGUAAAAAAAACUUUGUCACAGUGUUACAAGACUAGCAAGGCAACAUUGCUUGUAGACGCUGGUGAUCCGAUCAGCUCCCCGGAGUCUACAACAGGCUCAAUUUUGCCUCAAGAUCUGCCAUCUCCACAGUUGUAUAUGUGUCCGGAGCUCAGCAGUUCUAUGGACUUUUCAACACUAGACUCUUCAACAGGAAAGUCAUGCAGUGAGCAGGAAUCGUCUUCAUAUUCGGAUGUGCAAGAUCAUGAUGACCACAGUGACCACGAAGAAAUGUUGCCCGAGCACUGUGACCCCAAAACCAGUGCCAAAACAUUGUCGACAAAGGGCAGAAGGAAAAACAUCGGACAAAAUGAUGAUUCCGCUGAAGCUCUCUCAAGUUCGUCAGGUGAUGAGGCUGUCGCGAAAACUAGUAGACAGGCAAUGUCUAACGAUACUGCCGAACCUUUUUCGAGUGUGUCUGAUGCUGAGGUUGUUGCAGAAAAUGGUGGGCAGGAUCUGCCUGAAGAUACAGCUGUAACUCUCUCAAAAUUAAAUUUGGAGUCUUCCGGGCAGCACAUUUCACAUACACCUUUUGAGGUUGAAGAUGUGGCCAUUGUGAGUACUGUGAAGAAAGCACAUGGGAGCCAAAUAGUUUCCUCCGAGUCUACGGGUCAAGAACGCAGGGCUAAGUUCUGGGCGCUUGAAGCUGAACCAGCACGAGCUGUGAGAAAGGCACGUAGUAGUCGAAUUUUCAUUUCCUCCGGGUCUUCUGAUGAAGAUCACAGUGCUCAGCACUUGCCAUUGGCAAAAGCAGAGUCGGCUGUUGAAGAAGGCCUUGUUGAAGACUUAGAACAGGUGGAGUCUUCCGACAAAGAGGACAUUGUCGAGCGUUGGGCAUCACAAGAAGUCAAGUCCUCUGAAAAACACUGCGUUGAGCACUCAACACAACAGGACUACAACCGAGCGAGAACUGUAAAGAAUGCACGUAGGAACAGAACUUCCAUUUCAUCCAAAUCUUCUGAUGAAGAUCACAGUGUUGAGCCCUCUCCACUGCAUAAAGCCGAGUCAUCCGAUGAAGAGGGCAUAGUUGGUCACUCAGCACAAAAAGCCGAGUUUUCUGAUCAAAAUAGCAGUUCUGAGCACACAGCCCCACGAAAAGCCAAGUCUUUCAAAAAGCGCUGCAUUGAGCAAUCGGCACGACGGAAACUGAAGCCAGGAAGAACUGUUAAGGGGGCACGUAGGCGCAGACCAUUAAUUUCCUCCGAGUCUUCCUCUGAUGAAGAAGGUGGCGGUGGGAAAUCAGCACCAAAAGAACCCAGGUCUGCUAAAAAGCACUUCGUUGAAUGCUCAGAACAAAAAGAAGACGAUCUAGUGAGGACCCUUCUGCAACCCUCUAGCAGCAGAACAAUUAUUUCCUCAGAGUCUUCUGGUGAAGAUCACAGUGUUGACCGCUCACCAUUACAAAAGGCUGAGUUUUCCUCGGAUGAAGAGGGCGGCGGUGGGAAAUCAGCACCACAAGAACCCAGGUCUGCUGAAAAGCACUUCGUUGAACACUCAGAACAAGGAGAAGACUGUCUAGUGAGAACCCUUCUGCAACCCUCUAGCAGCAGAACAAUUAUUUACUCCGAGUCUUCUGGUGAAGAUCACAGUGUUGACCGCUCACCAUUACAAAAGGCCGAGUUUUCCUCGGAUGAAGAGGGUGGCGUUGGGCAAUCAGCACCACAAGAACCCAGGUCUGCUGAAAAGCACUUCGUUGAACACUCAGAACAAGGAGAAGACGGUCUAGUGAGAACCCUUCUGCAACCCUUUAGCAGCAGAACACUAAUUUCCUCUGAGUCUUCUGGUGACGAUCACUGUGUUGACUACUCACCACUACAAAAAGCUCAGUCUUCCGAUGGAGAGGGCAGUACUGAGCACUCAGCACUACGGCAAGUCAAGCCAGCAAAAACUGUACGGAAGGCAUGUAGGAGCGAAACUGUAAUUCCCUCUGAGUCUUCGGAUGAAGACCACUGCGCUGAGCAGUCGCUGCAACAAAAUCCCGAGUCUUCCAACAAAGAAAAUGGUGCCAAGCGCUCAGCAUCACAACAAGCAGAGCUUCCUGAUCGUGCUAAUGCUUUAAGACACCCAGUGCAACGAACUAAAUCAUGCGAUGUGUGUGUGAGUGCGAAGCACUCGGCAACACAAGAAUGUUCCCACCAGAACAGCAGUGCUAAAGACUCGGCACUGCAGAAAGCCGAUUCUUCUGAUGGAGAGGGCAGGGUCGACCACCCAGCUCCGCAAGAUGCCGAGCUUUCUGAUAAAUGUAGCGUUGAGCAUCCUACACUGCCAGACACUGUACAAUGUGCACAGUUCUCAGAUUUUGCUGAUGAAAUCCCAUGCGGACAGCAGUCACCUGAUGCUUCGUCGCUGCUAAACAUGCACCUCUCCCCUCCUGAAUCUCCGGUAACGGAGGCCAAUCACCUGGCUGCUGAAUCUGAUGCUGAUACCUUAGAGCUACAAUCCAACGAUGUAGGGCUUGCGUCUUGCUGGCAACGAGCUGCUCGCCUGUCACAAGCCACAACUGUUUCAGUUUCGUCCCAGAGGCGAUCGCCGUCACCUUUCUCGAAACUCAAAGAAAUGGUGCUGUCCUUUGAAGACGAUUCUGAUGAUGAAACAGAUCCCGUGGAUUUCAGAAGGAAGACGCUUUCUUCAGCUUUGCCGCAGUCGUCUUUUAAGGUUCCGCUUGUCAAAAAAAGUACUUCCGUUCGUAAGUCUUUUAAAUCAAAAGGUCAGGGUGGUCGCCGAAGCUUGGAUGAGAGGAACGGCACCGGCAAGAGCCAACCUGCCCGACGUAAAGGGUGUUCUCGCGGUUCACCCUCUUUGCUAGUCAAACAGAGAGUGGUGUCUGACAAAGAACAAGUUUCAAUGUCUGACUCUGAUUGCGCAGAUGCGGCCACAAGUGACGUGGCCAGUGCGAGCUUCAAUGCUGAUGGUACAAGGUUGAUGAACGUGUCAGCGGCAAAGACUGAAGAUCUCAGUCCUAGCAAGAAAAAGGCAAGCACCCGUCGUGACAGCCCUCGAACAUCAUUGCCCACGAAUAAGACCUCGAAGCUGCCAGAAGCAAACGAAACAUCAGAAUCUGAGAGAAAUGGUGCUUCAAGAUUGGACUCUGAUGAAUUUCAAAGAGAUGAAAAUGAACCACUUGAGGCUGAAAAAGACACCAGAAAAAGCCCAAAGAUGGAGAAGAUGAUGGCUGGUAGAACUCCAUUUGUAUAUAGAAGAAAGGACACACCUCGUCCACAGCCUUUGACUUCAAAUCUCGCCCUUUGUGGAAAGGGAGCACUAAAGUUAUCUUUGAGCCAGAAGUCUGAUGGUACAAGUGUCAGCGUAAAUGAAGAGAGUGUGAAUAGCGAGCAUUCAAGGCAAAACAUAGUUGAUGCUAGGCAGCCGCUGGGAUCUGCAGUAUCCACCAGGAGGCAAAGCACAAGGAGUUGUGCUAGAAGUCUGGUAUUUGCGGAGCAAGAAGUUUGUGAAUUCUCUGUCGACGCUUCUAGAGAUGUAAAUGCCCAGACCGUGCAAAGCAGAAGUGUAGCAACAAGUCUGUCAAUGGAAGUGCAAAGGCAGGAUUAUUCAAACAAUGCAAAUUUAACUCCGGAAAAGUCAUGUGCUCCUGCGAAGCUUCGUUCCAGUGGGCGCCUCUCCCGUAGGUUAGAGUCACCCACAAAACAAGGCAGUUCAAGUGAUAAUGGAAUCGCACAAAAGUCACCGGCAAAAGAGGCAACCUUGUCCGUUAUCAAGCAAAAGUCUGGAAUAGAGGUGGCGAAUGUAAGCACUAUCAGCACAAGACAGAUGGCUUCUGGUAGUGGGCACAGUAGUUCGUCAACAAUGAGAGGUGAAUCCCCCGUCUCUGGCAUAAACGAAGCGGGGCAAACCAAGCAUGGAGUCUUGACUCGAAGUGCACGUAGGCAGUUGUCUUUAGCAAUGGAUAAUACCUCCCCACUAAAAGAAGGCAGAACAACAUUGCAGUCAAGGGUCGUGGGACCUGACGUCCAGUCAGGCGGCAAGCCUGGCACGAAUGAAGCAAAGAAAAGUGGGCUACGUGAAGGUAUCGAAUCACCACCAUUGAAGGUUAGGCGAAAGGUAUUACAGGACAGCGUAAAUAAUGGUGACUCUGUCAGGUGCCUUUCACCUACGCAAGAUGAAGAAGCCAUAACUGAGAAAGAGUGUGGGAGUGGGAACAAGGGAGAAGGCAGUCCAUCCGUAACAGUGCGUCGCUUGCAAAGUAAUGAAACAGAAUCGGCAGCCACUCAUAGGGGCAAUCAGAGCAUGCCCAGAACUCGCUCUGUAUCUGCUUCACUUUCAGGCAGGAAAAAGGUGCAGGCAACAAGCACUGGGUGUGAUGUUUCACAUUCUAGUAAGCAACAGCUAGAAGAGUCGAUCACUGCCCGCGUUGCAGGUUCGUGUAGGUCGCCGUCAAGAACACCUCCCAAGCGCAGAGGAGUCGGCGAAGCUAGUGCGAAUGUGACGCCAGGCCCAGAAACUGCAGAACACGAUUUGUCUGAGACAAAUGACAAUCUCGGUGGUUUGACGCAGGUGCCCCUGCUCAGAAAUGUCGAUGGUUUACCCAACUCCUUAAGUUCUGAUAAAGAGGGGGACCUUGUUCAAGCCGCUAUGCGGCGAAUGCAAUCAUUGCGAAGAGUGCCUUCGCGAAGGUGUUCCCAACAUAAUACGAAAGAGGAUUCCAUCAUUGACUUUGAUACAGCAGUUCUUUCCUUUUCGGACUCCAACGAUGAUGACUCUUCCUACAAAGCACCUUCAGCGAACUUCGAUGCCAGCAUUGCACACUUAAGAAAGCUCAAGGUGCCUCUUUAUGAAUCGCAAGAACGACAGUCAAGACCGCCAAGUGCUGCUUCAAGCUAUAAGGUUGUAAACACCAGCACAGGGAAGACCAGUAGGCUCUCGUUGACUGCAAUACGAGCUUCGCAGUCCGACAACAGUGCGAGCACUCAGUCACCUCCUUUCAGCCCAGUGCCAACUACAUCUAGCGAAAUAGUAGACACACAGAGCCCCACAUCCAACUUCUGCACAUGUCAGUCGCCAUCCAGACACACAAGGACUUAUGACUGUGGGCUGAUUGAUGCAGCAAUGGAAAAGCAAGCAGGAAAUACACAGAGUGUAUCUGAUAGCAAUGUUGAUGCACCAUCAGUGUCGGAGCAUCCUCAAGUGCUAAUGCAAACAGCAAUGUCUGUCGAAACUCCAGUUAUGAGGCGCUCUACUCGUGUCAGAGUGAAACGGAACACACCGGCGCGGACCACUCGUACAAGCUGCUCAAUGAAUGAGAAGCCUGCAGCAGCCAUGCACUCGAGUCACCUGAAAAAGGACUUGGAUGUUGUCACCGAAGAGCAGACUUUGCUGGCCACCAAAAGGAACAAAAAUUCAAGAAUGAGCUUUUCAUUGAAGACACACGUAGAGUUGUCUGACGAGAGGUCAAGCGCAGCCGAACAGGAAUCUGCGACGGACAAGGCGUCGAGCGCCGUCUGCUCAACAUGCCGUCGCUCUGUGAAUGCUCCCAGCACUCAGGACAGCGGCACCAUGACGGAUGACAGCUUCCUUCACGAUGAGGAUGCUUUUUCGGACUCGCCUCGAUAUUCCAAACGUAGGAAGACAGGUGGCCACAAUGCGUCAGCAUCGCAGCCAAAGGCUGUAGCUUCCAGGUCAUCUCGCAGGCAUGGUGCAGCAAGUCAAGAGGCGAGUGUUCCUACGAGGCGCAGCUUGCGUUUAACCACACGUAUGUCGCGCAGACUGAGUUACACCUGAAGCACUACCGUCUGUGCUGAGGAAAUAUUUUAAUCGAUAAAUUAUGUUUGUGGUUUCGGUGUUGCUGGUGCGACCUUGUUAAUGGCAUUCACAGCACGAUAGAAUGGCAUUGGCGUAGCUUAUAUAAUUGAAAGGGUGGGACCUUGUGCCAGUAAAUUUUAUAUCGCCUAAUUGUUUUUCCAACUACGGGUGACAAACAGUUCAUCUUUGAGUGUUUUAUCUGAUUUUCGUUUUGCGAUAGUUAUUUGUGAAGCAGCAGUUUACAGUAGCAGGGCAACUGUUUUCACAGUACGGUCUCUAAUGAAGCAAGUGUAGUUUACCAGAUAUGUCCUGGGUGUCGUGUACUUGGAGUUCUUUCAUAUAUGUAUGCACAUGCAUUAAUUUUGGUAAUUCAUGUAAACAUAGGCAAAGCACUAAACGAGCUUCUCGUAGAGACCUUGUUGGAUUCGGUAUUCUUCAUGUUUAGUUGUAAUGUUGUCUGGUUUUCAGGACCUGACAAAAGUUUUAACAUCUGUUUAUGUUUUCAUCGUGGUAAGGUAUUAAGCGCACAACGUUCAAGAAGCAGUUUGCAUUUUAUGACAAUGGGAACAAUGUUAUAACUUCUGGGAUAUUGUCAUGCACCACAGGUCCCCCUGGAAAUCGAGUGCGAGUUGUCACGGUCAGUAUCUUAAAU